GCUUCAUCGCCCAAGCCGCCACCACACACAAUUUUCAAACAGCAAAAUGAAAGUCUUAGUUGCCAUCUGCGUGCUGAUUAGUUUGGCCUCAGCCGAAUAUGUCUUGAAGAAUCGCGAUAAUAUGCUGGCCUAUCGCGACGAGUGCGUCAAGGAACUGGGCGUGCCUGCCGAUCUUGUGGAGCAGUACACGAAGUGGCAGUAUCCCAACGAUGCCAAGACCCAGUGCUACAUUAAGUGCGUGUUCACCAAGUGGGGCCUGUUCGAUGUCCAGACUGGCUUCAGUGUGGAGAACAUCCACCAGCAGCUCGAGCUCGGACAUGCCGACCACAACGAGGCGAUGCAUAGCAGCAUCGCUGCUUGCGUGGACAAGAACGAGCAAGGAUCCAAUGCCUGCGAGUGGGCCUACCGCGGUGCCACCUGCCUCCUGAAGGAGCACCUGCAGAAGAUCCAGAAGAGCCUGGCCCCCAAGGCCUAGAAAUAGUUGAUACCCAUUACUGAUAGCCAUUAAUUUAGUUAAUAAACCCAUUGAACGUA